UCUGAGGCACCGUGGGAAGGAAGGGCUGUCCACCGAAACGAUAGUAGAGUGUGACAGUUCAGUGAGUAACCAAGGCUUUCCGCCUCAGUUCGUUAUCGGCGCUCAGUACUGGAACGGAAAAUUACUCUCCCGACGGAAAAUUUUACCAUUUAGACGAGAGCCGAACCAAAAUCGCCCAAUUACUCUUUCUCCCUCGGCUUUGAAAAAGGCGCGCGGUGGCUCAGAAGCAGCCAGUAGCCAACCCCCAGUCGCGGAGAUCAGCUGACCGCACCGACAACAACACGGCACUGUCACAUACUCCCCGCCGUUGUACAUUUUCUUCUCUUUUAAGUUCGUCCACGUUAAGAAUGUCUACAAAUGGAGCACAGCGCGCACUGCUCAUGGGAGUUCGGCGCACAUUUGGACGGUCGUGGGUGCGCGGAGUGCGCAGUGGCGGCGGCGGGACAGGGCCGGGGGCGGCGCGUCCGGGGGCGGCGGUGGCGGGAGCGGCCGUGCUGCUGACCGGGCUAGGACCGCCGCCGCGGGGGCCGCUGUGCACCUCACCCCCGCCCGUGUGGGGCCUCCGGCGACAUAGGUCCUCGCCCGGGUACUCUAUGGGCCCGCACACGCUGCGCGUGCCCAUGGAGCUGUUCGCGCUGAACCGGCGCCGCUUGUGCGAGGCGCUGCGGCCGCGCGUCCCGGACGGCGCCGUGGUGCUGCUGCAGGGCGGCGACGAGGUGCCGCUCUACUGCACGGACGUCAGCUACAACGAGUUCAAGCAGGAGGCGUUCUUCCAGUGGCUGUGCGGCGUGCAGGAGGUGGGGUGCUUCGUGGCGCUCCGGGUGAGCGACGGCCGCUGCGUCGUGUUCGUGCCGCGGCUCCCCGCCGAGUACGCCGUGUGGAUGGGCAAACUGCGCACCCUGGAGGAGUUCAAGAGCAAGUACGCCGUCGAGGAGACCGCCUUCGUGGACGAGAUCCCGGCCGUCCUGCAGAGUCUGGGAGCCACCGAGCUGCUCGUCUUGCGCGGCGUCAACUCGGAUAGCGGACUGACUUGCAAAGCGGCAUCCUUCGAUGGAAUAGACAAGUUCAAGGUCGACUAUUCAACGCUUCACCCCAUCAUCUCAGAAUGCCGCGUCAUCAAGACCCCCCUGGAGCUGGAGGUGAUCCGGUACGUGGUGCGCGUGUCGUCGGAGGCGCACGUGCGCGUCAUGAAGAGCGUGGUGCCGGGCAUGAUGGAGUACCAGGCCGAGGCCGUGUUCCGGCACUACGUGUACCAGCACGGCGGCUGCCGCCACGUGUCCUACACCUGCAUCUGCUGCUCGGGCAACAACGGCGCCGUGCUGCACUACGGCCACGGCGGCGCCCCCAACGACUGCGGCGUCAUGGACGGCGACAUGUGCCUGUUUGACAUGGGCGCCAACUACUACGGCUACGCCUCCGACAUCACCUGCUCCUUCCCCGUCAACGGCAAGUUCACCGCGGACCAGCGCCUCAUCUACAACGCCGUGCUCAAGGCCAACCUGGCCGUCAUGAACGCCGCCAAGCCCGGUGUGUCCUGGGUGGACAUGCACCGCCUCGCCAACCGAGUCAUGCUGGGCGAGAUGGCCGCCGGAGGGCUGCUCAAAGGCGACGUGGACGACAUGCUGAAGGCUGGACUGGGCGCUGUCUUCCAGCCGCACGGCCUGGGCCACUUCAUGGGGCUGGACGUGCACGACGUGGGUGGCUACCUGGACAAGGACCCGCCCAGGCCCACCGAGCCGGGCGUCAGCAAGCUGCGCACGGCCCGCGUCCUGCAGCCCGGCAUGGUGCUCACCAUCGAGCCCGGCUGCUACUUCGUGGACCACCUCCUGGACGCCGCGCUGGCCGACCCCGUCAAGUCCAAAUUCCUAGUCGCCGAUCAGAUUGCGCGCUUCCGAAACUUUGGUGGUGUGCGCAUCGAGGAUGACGUCCUCAUCACGGAGACGGGCUGCGAGGACCUCACCAAGGUGCCCCGCUCGGUGGAGGAGAUUGAGAAAACUAUGAAGGAGAAGGAGGGUGGCGUCGAGAUUCCCUCGCACAUCACCAAAGUCAAGCAUGGACUCCCCUCCAACUGGCACCACUGAGACCCCGGCACUUGCUGCGCGCUCAUUCGAGCACCCUGUACUGAAACUGUUGGCUCUUUUACAGCCUUUGUGUAUAAAUCAGAAAAAAGUCAUUACUGAUGAUCGUAUUAUUUUUGUAUGAAUAUUACUUGUUAAGGCUCAUGCUGUUAUUUACAUGGAAUAAAUAAGCCACUGUGAUUUUUAA